AAUUCCCCAGACUAUGUUCUUCACAGAUAAUUUUAAUCUCUCAAAAAAAUUCGAUCUUUUCUUUCUUCACCGUCUCAGAAGAAAGGCGAAAAAUUUAAUAGAAUAAUGUCGAAUUCUGAUAAAAAUCAGGCGUUGUUUCUGAUACUACAAGCACUCUAUGAAGGGCCUUAUAUGAAGGCUGCUCACCAGUUUGAGCAAGAAUCUGGAAUUUACUUUAACAUGAAGCAUUUCGAAAACGAAUUACGGCAUGGACAUUGGGAAGAAGUUGAGAAUUACGUUCUUGGGUUUACUGAGUUAACCAGUAAUCGGUACUCGGUUAAGCUUUUCUUUGAGAUUAGGAAGCAAAGGUACUUGGAGGCAUUAGACAGGAAGGAGCCUGCAAAGGCUGUAGAUCUACUGAUGAAGGACUUGAAGGUUUUUAAGACAUUCGACGAACUUGUUUAUUCGGAUAUGACUGGACUUUUGGGGUUGGAGAACUUCAGGGAAAAUGAGCAUCUUAAGAUGUAUGUCGAUGAAAAUUCUGCACGUGCAACUUUGUUUGAUGCAGCCAAAGAAUUGAUUCAAGCUAAUCCACUUUUCAAGGACAAGUUAACUUUUCCUACCCUUGAGAAGUCGAGGCUGAAAUCUAUCAUUAACCAGAGCUUGAUUAGGCAGCAACACCCUCCUCAACAGGACACCCUGAUGUCGAAUCCCUUUACGUUGGGACCUGUCCCACCUCAACAGAACCAGAUAUCCAAUCCCUUUGCAUUAGGACUCGUCCCUGCAGGGUUUGGAAUUCAUAGCCAACAAAACAAUGGAAGUGUACCUUUAUUCGGGAAAUAUCAGAACUCGGAGAAUCCAUGGCUUAAACUGGCCAAGGAAGCUGAUGAUGAAGUCAAUAUUAUCCAUAUCAAUGAACUUAAAGAACAGGGUCACUGUCGAUCAUUGCGUCUUCCUAAUACGUUGAAAUGUAACAAGAUAUCAAGGCUGAUGUAUAUUAAUUCAGGUUGUUCAAUUUUAGCGCUAGCAUCAAACGCGAUGCAUUUUCUUUGGAAAUGGGGGAAAAACGAGGCGUCAGCCAGUGUUCUCCCUGAAAUAUGGGAGCCGAAAAGUGGUAAGCUGAUGCUAAAUGAUAUAGAAAACGUUACCAAUGAAGAAAUUGAGCCUUGUUUCGCCAUGUCAAAGAAUGGUCUUUAUCUCAUUUCAACGUCGGGUGGACCGAUUUCCGUAUUCGUGACGUCAACAUUUGAGAUAAUGAGUUCGUUCAUGCCCCCACCACCUGCAUGUACUUGCAUCAUUUUCUACCCUGAAGACAACAACAUAUUGAUUAUCGGCACGGAGGAUUCAAAAAUCAUUAUAUAUGAUGUCCGUCAAGAUGUGGUUAAUCAAACUCUUAAAGGCCACUUUAAGAAAAUCACAGGUUUGGCAUAUUCUACAGAACUCAAAGUGCUAGUUUCAUUGGAUGAAGAGGCUCAGAUUUGUGUGUGGAAAUGGGAUACAUGGGUUAUGCAGAACAACGGUUUGCAAGUUCCAGCAGGGAGGAAUUCUGCUUCAGCUAUCCGUGUGCAAUAUCAGAAAGAUCAGAUUCACUUCCUUGUGGUGCAUCAGAUACACCUUGCUAUCUACGAGACAACAACCUUGAUGCGUGUAAAACAGUGGGUUGUACCUAAAUCUACGGCGCAUAUCACUGAUGCAACAUUGUCAUACGACAGCGAAUUGGUAUUUGCCAGUUUUCUUGAUGCAACCAUUUUGGUUUUUAAUGUUUUGCAUCUUCAACCUAUGUGCCGCAUUCAACCACCUGCUUAUCUCCCUGCAUUUUCGAGCCCCGGUGUUUAUCCGGUUGUGAUUGACGCUCAUCCAACAAAGAAUCAGUUUGCAGUGGGACUAUCAGACGGUGGUGUUCAUGUCAUAGAACCCCUUUACCCAUGAGGAACCAGUGUUGUACCAGCUGUUAAUAAUGUAUCUGAUCCAUCAACCGGCCUUUCUUAAUAGAAGUUGCAAGUUCUGAAUAAAAAACCAAUCAAUCGAUAUUAAAAAUUUCAAAGUUUUGAGUGACGUUCGAAAUUGUAAAAUUCAAUAUGAUUUUUUCACAAAAUGACCUUGGAUAUAUAUUUUACAGGUGCGAACUAUAAACAGUUAUACAAGUAAGCAAAAAUAUACAAGUACGAGU